UGAGUCUCAUUUCACGUGUUUUGUUGACGAGACUCGGUGUUUCUCAAAAACGCUUCGUUUCUUACAUUAUUCGAAAGAAAACCGAAGCUAUGGAAGUCGAUGGCGAACAAGAAACGUCUGUGAUUCGAGAAGCAAGUGCUGAAAUUCGCGGAAAAGGUCAUGUUUUCUACAACCCGGUACAGGAAUUCAAUCGAGACUUGAGUAUUUGUGUCUUGAACACUUUUAUCCAAGAUUGGUUCAAAGCAAAAGACAAGGAAUUAACUGUCGAACGAGGCAAAAAGGACGAAAAUGGCGUCACAAUUCUUGAAGCGUUAUCCGCAACGGGCUUACGAAGCAUCCGAUAUGCGAAAGAAUUGCAAGGAGUGAAGGAAAUUGUCGCAAACGAUUUGUCAUCACAAGCUGUCGAAGCGAUAAAAGCAAAUAUUGAACAUAAUUCCGUCGCUGAUAUCAUUUCGCCGUCAGAAGCGGAUGCAAUUCAUUUAAUGUCGACCUCAAGCAAAAAAUUCACCGCCUUGGAUUUGGAUCCGUAUGGUUGCCCAUCACGUUUUCUCGAUUCUGCUGUUCGAACUGUCGAAGACGGCGGACUUUUACUGAUAACAGCAACUGAUAUGGCAGUUCUUGCAGGCAAUACACCCGAAACGGCAUUCAUUAAAUACGGUUCUGUUGCGCUAAAAACUCGUGCGUGUCACGAACAAGGCUUGAGAAUCCUUUUACGAUGCAUUGAGCAACACGCGAACCUGUAUGGAAGAUACAUAACUCCUCUUCUCUCGAUUUCUGUGGAUUUUUAUGUUCGUGUUUUCGUUACAAUUAACACGUCACAACAUCAAUGCAAGAUUUCAAGCAGUAAACAAAGCAUGGUUUACAUGUGUACGGGAUGCGAUGCCUUAACGUUACAACCUUUGGGCAUCUUGAAGCCAAAUCCAACGGAAAAAAAUCCAAAACAAGUCAAAUUUGCUCUUCCAACGGGACCUCCUGUGUCAAAAAGUUGCGAACAUUGCGGGCAUCCUCAUCACAUUGGAGGCCCAAUUUGGUCAGAUCCCAUUCAUGAUCAAGAAUUUUUGGAUAAACUCAUCGCUACUGUGACAUCAGAUCAUUUUUCGUAUCUCACGAAUCAAAAACGAAUUUACGGGAUGUUAUCCGUGAUCAAAGAAGAGCUUCCUGAUGUCCCCUUGUACUAUGGCAUCGAUAAAUUAUGCGGAAUUUUACAUUUGGAAUCGAUUCCCGCGGUAAAACUGAAAUCAGCUCUCUUACAUGCGGGAUAUCGCGUGUCAUUGUCGCACUGUUGGAAGACAAGUCUCAAAACUGACGCCCCCAUGAGCGUUAUUUGGGAUGUUUUUCGAUGUUGGGCGAAAAUUAAACCAAUUAAACCGAUUCACUUGAAGGAUGGAACUCCCGUGCAAGCGAUUUUAAGCAAAGAAAGUCGAAAACAGUACGACCUGAAUAAAGUUCAUCCGGAUGCCAAUCCAAAAAGUCGUCAACAAGCGUUGGUACGUUUCCCCGAGAAUCCUGCGGCAUAUUGGGGACCUGGAACACGAUCGACAAUAAUGGUAAAAGAAACAAAAAUCCUGAAAGAAUUGCGAAAACAGGACAAACACAAGAAAAAACGCGAACAAUUGGACAAAGAAAAGUCACCUGAUCCAAAAAUUCAAAAAGUUGAAGAGAAUUUUUAAUUAAAAUUGACUCGUUAAAA